CUACCUCGAGGAGGAGGGCUCACCAUCAAGGAGGCCUCACCAGACUUGUGAAAAGAGGCGGCCGCAGCGCCUCGGCUCAGCAGUCGAAGCAUCCAGCUCUCCAUCAGCCAGCAUCCACAGUCCCGGCGAGCGCGCCAGGACCCCGCAGGAGCGCGAGCGACGACGGGGGUGGGGGGUCACCGAGGCGUCGUGUCCUCACGCCGUCAAGAGGAUCUUCAUCGAUUAGUGGUUUUCAGGCGCCAUCAUGGACCAGCCGGCGAGCAGCUGCAUGAGGAGCGCCCACCCCAGCAGCCCCAUCUGGGGGUGCGUGCGGAACCCGCACUCGGGCGUCCCGGGCGCCAACCUGCAGUCGCCCUACCAGCAGGCCCCUUUCUCCCUGCACCAGAAACCCGAGUUUCUGACCUACGCGGAUUUCUCGGGUUCCUGCCUGCUGCCGCACGCCGCCGCCUACCCCCGCGACGACAGACUCUACCCGGAGAGCCAGGGCGCCUAUCAGAGGCCUGACUGGCACUUCAACCCUUGCGAGGCGCGGGGUCGGGCCCCCGAGGCCUGCCCGCCCGCGGUCGCCUCCGCCGCCGUGGGGGAGGGCGUCGGCGCGGGGCCCGAGCUGGACAGUGUGGGGGCCGAACGGCUGCCGGGCGCCUUACCCGGGUGCCCCGAGGGGGAAUAUUCGCCCCAGAGCGUGACGUCGGGUGACUCCGACAAGAAGAGCGGCGGCAAGAGGAAGAGAGAUGGCACAGACACCCAAGAGUCGGUGUGCAAGGCGGACGCCAACUGCAAAGCCCGGAAGGAGCGCACGGCCUUCACCAAGGAGCAGCUAAGGGAACUGGAAGCCGAGUUCACCCACCACAACUACCUGACCAGGCUGCGCCGCUACGAGAUCGCCGUCAACCUGGACCUCACGGAGAGACAGGUGAAAGUUUGGUUCCAAAACCGGCGGAUGAAGUGGAAGCGGGUGAAAGGCGGACAGUCGUCAUCGCCCAACGACCUGGAGAACGACGACAUGGACUCGGCCGCCUCGCCCAGCUCCGACUGAGAAGCGACGGAGCGAGCGCCAAGACAGAACGCUGCUUCGGUCCGGCCCCUCUGCAAGGAAAUCCAACAAUUCCAAAGACAAUUUUUUUUUUCACAUUCCCAGGAAAAGAAGACAGCAGUGUGGUGUGCUUUUCCAAUGUACAUAGUUGAUUGAUGUCCACCCCGAUCUCUGUUUUGUUUGUGAUCCAUCCAUCUUAAAUAUUGUGAGAGGCCUCCUGGAUGUGUAAGAGUGGAUGUCAUCACCAUUUUUGUCACGUGACUGCAACCAGCUGCAGAGACUCACUUUUCUUUAAUAAAAAUAAUAAAACAAA